GAGCCAAUGGGCUCUCCCCAAUGGUCGCUACUUCCUGGAUACGUCCACUUAUCAAUGACUCUGCGACGUCACGAGCGCCUUCUCUGCCUCACCGCACCACAGAGACACAGCGCCGUCCUUUAGGCCGGAAAGAACCAGAACCAUGUCCAUCCUGAAGAUUCACGCUCGUGAGAUUUUUGACUCCCGUGGUAACCCCACCGUGGAGGUUGAUCUCUACACCAAGAAAGGUCUUUUCAGAGCUGCAGUACCCAGCGGUGCCUCCACAGGCAUCUAUGAGGCACUGGAGCUCCGUGACAAUGACAAAACCAGAUACAUGGGCAAAGGAGUCAAAAGAGCAGUUAAAUAUGUAAAUGAAUUCUUGGCCCCUGCCUUGUGUAACCAGGAGGUGAAUGUUCGGGAGCAGGAGAAGAUCGACCAGCUGAUGCUGGACAUGGAUGGCACAGAUAACAAGUCAAAGUUUGGUGCUAACGCCAUCCUGGGUGUGUCCCUGGCUGUGUGCAAAGCUGGUGCAGCAGAGAAGGGCGUCCCCCUCUACCGCCACAUCGCUGACCUGGCUGGCAACCCCGAAGUCAUUCUUCCAGUCCCUGCUUUCAACGUCAUCAAUGGAGGCUCUCAUGCAGGCAACAAGCUGGCCAUGCAGGAGUUCAUGAUCCUGCCUGUGGGAGCCAGCAGCUUCAAGGAGGCCAUGCGCAUCGGCGCUGAGAUCUACCACAACCUGAAGAACGUCAUCAAGGAGAAAUACGGCAAGGAUGCCACCAACGUCGGAGACGAAGGAGGCUUCGCUCCCAACAUCCUGGAGAACAAGGAGGCUCUGGAGCUGCUGAAGAAUGCCAUCGCCAAGGCUGGCUACAGUGACAAGAUUGUUAUUGGUAUGGAUGUGGCUGCCUCCGAGUUCUACAAGGAUGGAAAGUAUGAUUUGGACUUCAAGUCUCCUGACGACCCCAGCCGUUACAUUUCCUCUGACAAGCUGGCCGACCUCUACAGGAGCUUUGUCAGCGAUUAUCCUGUUGUGUCCAUUGAAGACCCCUUUGACCAGGAUGACUGGGAGGCAUGGUCCAAAUUCACAGCCAGCACCGGUAUCCAAGUAGUAGGUGAUGACCUCACCGUGACCAACCCCAAACGCAUCGCCAAGGGCGUGGAUGUGAAGGCCUGCAACUGCCUGCUGCUCAAAGUCAACCAGAUCGGCUCCGUCACGGAGUCCCUGAAGGCGUGCAAGAUGGCUCAGAGCAACGGCUGGGGUGUGAUGGUCAGCCAUCGCUCCGGAGAGACAGAGGAUACUUUCAUCGCUGACCUGGUGGUCGGUCUCUGCACUGGACAGAUCAAGACAGGAGCUCCCUGCCGAUCUGAGCGUCUGGCCAAGUACAACCAGCUGCUCAGGAUCGAGGAGGAGCUCGGUGACAAGGCCCGUUUCGCCGGCCAGAACUUCAGACACCCCAUCUGAGCAAGUCUCCCACCUCCUGGCCUCGGUGUGUUCAAUACUCAUUAAUAAGUCAACCACACAAAUAUUGUACGCCACGCUAGGUCGCCUCCCCCGUCUGAGAAGACGGAAACAACACUGCUGAAACCCAAGGUCCAAAUCUGUGGUCUGCGACAUGGAGACACCCGCAGCACAUCCUAAUACGACCACAGUUAGGCUCAUCCUCAUACUGUGCUUCUAGCUCCUGUGUCUCACUUCCUGUCUGUGUUUGUGUAACCGUGUGAUGAGAGAAUUUCCGUUCAGCUUCUCACGAUUCUACUGAGUAUUUGAGCUACUGUUACUGUAGUACAAGCAGUGUAAGAGUACUGUACGUGCAACGUGUUACAUUUGACGAGGUCUUGUGCUGCUGUGAGCGUUGGCAGAAAUAUAUCAAAUAUAAUAAACUCUAUAGUUUGAA